AAACAACCUUGUUCCACAAAGGAAUAAACCUUUCUUCGCAAUACCUAGCCCUUCAAAUAACCAAAUAUCCCUUUUCUAUAUAUUUUAAAUUUAUUUAUUUAUUUUUUCAAUAUAUAUAUAUAAAAAUAAUAAUAAUAAUAAUAAUAAUAACUAUGAAUACUUUGGAAUCCGAACUCGGCUUUGAUGAUUACAUGAUGUCCUCAAGCUUCACUCAUGGACCCAAGAUGGUCUAUGAUGAUCAAUUGUACCCUGCUGGCUAUGGUUAUGUAAACGAUGGAACGAUCAUGAGCUCUGUGCCCAUCAUCUCUCACCAUUACCAACAGCAAUCGUUAAUGCCCCCUGUCACCUUUGACGUGUAUUCUCAGACUCUCUCUCAACAGCAACCCUCUAGUCCCGAAUCGGCCUGUUCUCGUCUUUCACCUCCCCUGACAACACCUUCAUUGUUUUCCAGUUCACCUAUUACCACUACGACUGUUGCACCUUCCCCUCUCAUGCCCUCCACCUCUACUUCUACUUCUACUUCUACCUCCACUUCCACUUCCACUUCCACUUCAUCGUCAUCUUCGUCUUCGUCUAUUCUCAAUGAAAAGAUUGCUCAGGUUAACCGCUUGCCAGAAUCAUUCUUACCCGAGUUCCAUCAAUACUCAAAGGAGGCUUAUGAGAAUGGGUCUUCUCAGAAUCGGAAACGAAAGAGACAAACCAAGUCCAACGAUGAGGAUGAUAAUUCGUCGGAAGCUGAAGAUGAUAUGGAUGCGGCCGAGGUCCGCCGUCAGGUCCACAUUCAGUCUGAACAGAAGCGUCGUGCCCAGAUCAAAGAUGGCUUUGACCAGCUUCGUCAGCAUUUGCCUGGUUGUUUAACAAAGAAGAUGAGCAAGGCCGCUCUCUUGCAUCGUACUGUACAACAUCUCCAGCAUCUCAAAAAGACACAAUCCGGGUUACUUACUUCACUUGACAAACUUGCAAAAGACAACGAAAAUCUGAGAAAGUUUCAAGACUCAUUUUUACAGAAGCAGGCCCUUGAAAGAAUGUACCCAAUGGGCAUGUAA